AUGGCCUUCAAGCUGUUCGUCCUCGCCGCCGUGCUGGCCGUGGCCCGCGCCGGCUACCUGUCCGCCCCCGCCGUCUCCUACGCCGCCCCCGCCGUCUCCUACGCCGCCCCCGCCGUGGCCUACGCCGCCCCCGCUGCCUACGCACCUGCUGCCCUCACGUCGCAGAGCUCCAACAUCCUGAGGAGCUUCGGCAACCUGGGACAGGUGUCCACCUACACCAAGACCAUCGACACGCCCUACUCCAGCGUCACCAAGUCUGACGUCCGCGUCAGCAACGACGCCAUCGCACACGUCGCCGCCCCCGUCGCCUACGCCGCCGCCCCCGCCUACCACGCCCCCGCCUACUACCACGGUUAA